UGCUACGGGCAACCAGACGGCUGUGAGGCCCAUGGCUAGGAUUGGAGAGAAGCAGUUGCUGAUGCAACUCGUUCAGGAGUACACACCGGAGGGGACUCGGGAGACCAAGGCCAGGGCUCGUGUCUGGACGGCUAUCGUGAAGCGGAUGCUGAUCCCAACAGAGGUCACGGUCACGGAGGACGCCGAAGUGACAGUGGUUACGGUCGACUACCAGCGUGGACGGGAUACCGUUGCCAUAGACAAGCUCGUGGACACCUGUCAGCGCCUCUUACGCGAAGCGAAGAAGAAGAUCGAGAAGGAGCAAAAGGAUGCACUCAAGAAAACGGGAGAAGGGACAGAGGACCCCAAGGAGCCCAGCGAGGAGGCCGAGAAGAGCUCGUUGGAACACCACACAGCUCUCGCUGUGCAGUACGACCUGUAUGCGAAGGAGCAGGGCAUGAGCAAGGGCAAGGUGGGGAAAGAACACGCUGAGUGGGCCGGGUCGAUGAGCAACAGCAACACCGAGGAUCUGUUCUCCCUGAGAGGUGGCCGCGGCGGCGGUGGCCGUGGCGCCGGUUGCCGCGGCGGCGGUGGCCGUGGCGCCGGUGGACGUGACGCCGGUGGUCGUGGCGCCGGUGGCCGUGGCGCCGGUGGUCGUGGCGCCGGUGGCGCCGGUGGCGCCGGUGGCGCCGGUGGCGCCGGUGGCGCCAGCGGGCGUGGACGUGGUGGCACGAGCAGCACGGGCGGUAGGCCGGGUGGGAGUGGUUCCAGAGGUGCGUCGAAUCACUGGCGCACCGACCCUGUUGAGGACUGGGAGAGAGCCGAAUACUUCGCGCCCCGCCGAGGCGCGUUGGAUGCAGCUGCUGCUGGAGAGCUGACGGUGUAUCUCCUGCCAGAGGAAGGCGGCUGGGAGGAAGAGGUGGAGGACCUUGCAGCCGCAGACGACGAGGAAGCGCAGAUGUUGUCCGGGGGCAAGCUCGGGCGCCAGUACCGGGAUGGCGCCAAUGGGUCGGCAAGGAAUCAGGUGUUCCGGGGCAAUCCGGAAGUAGCUAACGCUUCCGUGCACGAGCAGCUUGCCGCUGGUUUCGACUACCUGUUCAGGCGUGACGAACGGGAGGAAGAGCGGCGACGGGAAGAACGAGAGGAGCGGGCAGCCCGGCUGGCAGCUGGGGGCUCAGCGGGAGACGCUAGUUCCGCGCGCUUGGACCGUAUGGAGGCCAAGGUUGAGGACCAGAACGGGAAGCUUGACAAGCUCCUCGAGCUGGUCGGGCGCAGCAAUGCAAUGCAGCAACCCGCACCUCAGUUCGGUGUGGCUGGGUUCCAUUCGGCGAUGUACCCAGGCCCUGUAGGACCCUGGCCACCGCAGUCUGGCGGCACGGGACUCGGCGGUGGAGGGGGGUCGAGCGGGCGGGUACAGGGUGCAGUGGGCGCGCCGCGAACGGCUCCACCUCCUUCAACCACCGCUGGGGGCCAAGCCGAACUUCCUGGCUUCCUCUCAGCGGAGCGGGGAGCGGGUAAUCGUGCUGCGGGGAGAGGAGGCGCCUCUGCCGGAUCCGUUGGAGACGGCGGGGCACGGGCAUCGGGGCAAGGGGCGAUGGCACCGACGCAGUCAUCGGCGAUUAGGGUUAACCAGACCCUUCAAGUUCGGAAAAGGGUGGGCGGGGCUAGCGGAGCCCAAACAAGCACUGGAGGGGUAGCUGGGUCUGGCAGGACAGCUGCCAAACGUUCCAGAAGAGGCAGUAGCCGGGAUGCUGGAACAGAAUCUGGUGAACUCGGAGUAUGACCUGCGGGCCUCUCGUGUCUGGCGUUUGGUUGUGUUUGUCUUUGCUUUCGUAGGUUCAAAUCAAGCUGUAGCAUUAGGUUUUUCGUCCAGUUUGCGAACCACGUUGUUAGUGUUUAUUAUUUCUAUUCUCUAUGACGGUGGUCCACCGCAAUGCCUCAGUACACAAGACGGUGUGGGCGUGGGACUGUUGUCAUUGUUAUGUUUGUCCGUACUUUCAUUAUUCUUUUUUUUUUGCAGUAGAACCCUUUCCCCUUUUGUGUUACACCUUGUUUUCGGCCUGAUGCGUGUCCGCGGGUAGGGGUAGGAACCCCCCCCCCCCACACACACACACACACAAGUGGUUUAUUGUUUCUCCCAUUUAGCCAGCCGUCAUGGUCAAAUAGAUAGGUGUGUUCCCCCCCACGUUGUGAUGGACACGUAACCUGGAAAUUUCGAUUCUUUCGUGUUUGAUGAUAUACCUUGUUGGUGAAUAUUCUGCGUGCUUGGUCAAUUAUUUCGUCGUGUCCAUCGCCUGAUUGUGCCUUGCCUUCCGACAGCAAUCGGGAGUGAGCGCCAGGCGCGAAAGCGGCACGCAUCUCCUUGUGUGGGUUUUUGCUCUUUUUUGCUCUCCCUAGGGAGUACUUUUUAUUGCUAGUUCCUACCGGCGUCGACACCUCUCGAUACCAGGGGCAAACGAAGUGCAUUUUAGCGUCCACGUAGUUUGAUGUGCGAAUUUCACGACGUACAUGGACGCGGGGGCAGGUCUGAUGUUGGACCUACAUUUGGGGUACCGUGAGGAUGUGAGGAUGAACUCACAUUGGGAUUUUUUGGCAUCUCAUCCAUGUUGGAUUCUGUGUAGCCGAGGGUUUCGUUGCGGUAGAUUCGGUUCGCUUAGCAUUGGUCUAGGGUUGGUGUCCUGUUUUGUAGGGUUAAGCCUCUGCUGGGCGCUACUGCCGCAGUAGUCUGUCCUGUGGUGGAUGUAUCAUUAGACCUCCGGAGAUAUGGCUCGGCGGUUGCAGGCCCUUCUUUGGCGAAGAAGCACCUACGACCUUCGAGCCAUCGCUCCGAAUGUCUAACGUAUCUCUGCCACCAGGCACUGCUCAGACGGGCCCUACCCGUGCCAAAGACAUCACUUCAUGCUUCUACUUGCAAGACGCUUGGGCGUCGCGUGUCAUCUUCCAACUGUCGCUGAGUCUGCAGAGGUUGAAUGUGUGGUUGCCGUGUGGCGACCGGUGUAAAGAUCAUUUAUUUUGGAACAUGCGACUGCCUGCGUCUGCUCGACAGACGAUGUUUUGGAAGCGUGCUGGAGUCUAGGCCCUCUGGUGACCCGAAACUUCCACACUUACCCUUCCAACUGGGCACACGCACUCGUGCUCAAAGUAGGGAGGGCAUUCAUAUUCAUGGGUUGCGAGAUAAAUCAUGUGGUUCGUAUUGCCGUCGG